AUGGAUCUGACCCAUAGCCUAGAGCGUACAUGCUCAAAGAGUGACUCUAAAUUCCAUGCAGCUGUUUUUACGGCUGCCAAUAAAGACCAGGUAUUACACUCUAUUACCUAUGGCACCCGAAAAGUAGAUGGGUCUGGGGAUGCUGUGACAGAGGACUCAAUGUUUUGGUGCGCGUCUAUGACCAAGAUUGUCACUGCUGUCGCCGUUAUGAUUGCCGUUGAGAAGGGGUUAGUAGGCUUAGAUGAUGACGUUGGAACCAUCCUGCCGGAGCUAGCUGAGCCUGAGAUAAUCGUCGGGUUUGAAGAAGGUGACAACGGCAAACCUAUCCUUCGUAAGGCAAAGGAAAAAAUUACCUUGCGACGGCUAUUAACCCACUCUAGUGGGUUCGUAUACCUGGCUGUUAAUUCAUCUGUUAAGAGAUGGGCAGAGUACUAUAAUCACACCGAUACGACAGAUAUAACUUCCAGGGACACAUAUCGCCUCCCGCUGGCUUUUGAACCAGGAACGUCUUGGGGCUAUGGGCCCGGGGUUGACUGGGCUGGGUGUGUCGUCGAAAAAGUUUCGAACCAGAAACUCGGGGAUUUUAUGCAAGAGAAUAUAUUCGGAAAACUCGGUAUGACAGCAACGACGUUCCAUCCCGAAAAUCAUCCCGAGUUCGAUGCAAGAUACGUUGAACUUUCGCAACGAGCACCAGAUAAGAGUCUAUCCACGAUCCCGGUCCCAUACCCAACCCCUGCGAAGGAUGAUUUGGGUGGUAUUGGUUUAUACUCGACGCCCAGUGAGUUUAUCAGAUUCUUGCAAAUGAUACUUCGCAACGGAGAGAACGUGCUGCGACCUGAAAGCAUCAACGCAAUUAUUUCUCCCCAGCUCGAGUGUAAUAAAGAAGUAAACGCAAUUCGAGACCGAGGCCCGAAGAUCAUGAGCCGCCUUGUUAACCCUGGCAAGGUAAUUGACAUGGGUCUGUCGGCGGGUAUCAACUUGGAUCGAGUUCCAGGAGCCCGUUACCCAGGUGCCAUCUCCUGGACUGGAGCGGCAAACACUUUCUGGUGGUUGGAUAUGAAGGCUGGUAUCUGCGGAGCCCUCUUUUUGCAUUCAUUCCCUCCUUUUGAUAUUGCCGCUCUGGACUUACUGGAUGAGCUGGAGGCUGGUGUAUAUAAACUGCAAGGUGCAUAG